GCAAGGCGGUUGGGACCAGAAGGCUCGCAUGUUUCUGUUGGGCAGAAUUUAAAAAAAUAAAGUGCACGAAAAACGCCGGAGAGGAGCCAGAUGUCCCUGGACGUAAACAACCGUCUGCUGGAAGACCCCCCCAGAGGAAACUCGAGAUAGAUGCACUUCAGAUACAUUUAGACACAAAACUCAGAAAUACUAUUCAAUGCAUAUUCAAGAUUUGGCUUAAAAUUACCAGAUGAGAGAACUAAUUGUGAGUUUAAUUUAUUGUCUCUUGUAGGGGCAUUAAACUUUUUUUGCAACACAUGUGUAUUUAAAUAAUUGAACAUCUUUUGGUAGCAUCACCUACAAAACAGAUUCGUUUUCAUCUUAAUCAGGCGGAUUUGUGAUACUUGUAGACACAAAAAACACCAACUUUUUUUCACAUGCCUGACGGAAGAGGAAUUCGGUUCAAUGGAGAAUUGUAGCAGCAAACAAAGAAAUUACAGAGGCCGCCGUUACCUCAGCAUCAACUGGGAAGUUGCCUAGCUCAGCUCAGGUCAGCCCAGCCCUGCUAGCUAGCCUCUGAUCCCUCCUACCCCAUCCCUCUUCUCCUGCAUCCCACACAGUACCCCUCCCCUCCUCCACUAACUUCUCCAAGCGAGCGGCCAUGGCAUCAGUACGCUUCACCGUGACACCCACCAAGGCGGAAGACCUCCCGGGCCUGUCCGACACGUCACCUGACAUCAGCCUGCGCUCGGGCUCCCGCGUUCGCUUUGACUCUCGGGAGCACAUCAACCGAAGUGACCCCCUCAGUGAUGCAUCGUCAUGUGUGACGACUACUGCAACAGGAGGAGGAGGAGCUGACACUCCAGAGCACUGCAGCUCAGAGCUAGGUGAUGGAAACUCUAAAAUCUCCAGUGUGUACAUCAACAACACUCAUGGGGUGGACGAUGAUGACUUCUACGACAGAAAUCUGGCCUUAUUUGAGGAGGAGAUGGACACUCGACCAAAGGUGUCGUCUCUCCUCAACCGCCUGGCUAACUACACCAACCUGACCCAGGGAGCCAAAGAGCAUGAGGAGGCUGAGAACAUUGGGGAGAAGAAGAAACCCAGCAAGUCACCACAGAUGGGGACGUUCAUGGGCGUUUACCUGCCUUGUCUGCAGAACAUCUUUGGAGUCAUCUUGUUCCUGCGGCUGACCUGGGUUGUGGGAACCGCGGGGGUCCUGCAGGCCCUCUGCAUUGUCUUUUUAUGCUGCUGCUGUACAAUGUUGACUGCAAUAUCAAUGAGUGCUAUCGCCACUAACGGAGUAGUGCCAGCGGGGGGCUCCUACUUCAUGAUCAGUCGCUCUCUGGGUCCAGAGUUCGGGGGGGCAGUGGGCCUGUGCUUUUAUUUGGGAACCACCUUCGCAGGAGCCAUGUACAUCCUGGGAGCCAUCGAGAUCCUUCUGUUGUACAUUGUACCCGAGGCAGCUAUUUUUAAACAAGGAGCUGCAGCCAUGCUGAACAACAUGCGGAUCUAUGGCAGCAUCUGUCUCCUCCUGAUGUCCUUGCUGGUCUUUGUGGGUGUCAAGUAUGUCAACAAACUGGCCUCCAUCUUCCUGGCCUGCGUCAUCGUCUCAAUCAUUUCCAUCUAUAUCGGAGCGCUGGUCUCUGCCUUCAAGGAGCCCCAUUUCCCUGUGUGCAUGCUUGGAAAUAGAACGAUCAAUGGCCAUUACGUCACUGACCAGCUGUGUAAGAAAACCGUCCUGCGGCCGAUUAGCACCCAAGAUAAAGAAGAGAGCUUUGACAGCAACUUCACAGCUACUUUUGAAAAUGGCACAGUUGAACCAACUCUCUUGCCCACCCGUGAACCUGCUAUGGUAGAGGAGACAACCCAUCUUUGGGUUUCUUUCUGCGGGAGCCGUGAACUCAACGCUUCCUGUGAUGAAUACUUUGUCUCCAACAACUUCUCAGAGAUAACGGGGAUCCCUGGUCUGGCUAGUGGGAUCAUUUCAGAGAACCUGUGGAGCUCCUACCUCAGCAAAGGGGAUGUGGUUGAGAAGAAAUCCCUCAGCUCCUCCCACCCCGUACAUCUCGUAUCUACUAAAAACAUCUAUGUGUUUGCUGACAUCACAACCUCCUUCACACUGUUGGUGGGCAUCUUCUUUCCCUCAGUCACAGGAAUCAUGGCUGGUUCUAACAGGUCGGGGGAUUUAAAAGAUGCACAGCGCUCCAUCCCCAUCGGGACCAUCCUGGCCAUUCUCACCACUUCUGUUGUCUACCUGACCAGCGUUGUGUUGUUUGGGGCCUGCAUCGAAGGUGUGGUCCUCAGAGACAAGUAUGGAGAUUCAGUGAAAGGCAACCUGGUAGUGGGGACGCUAGCGUGGCCGUCGCCUUGGGUCAUUGUGAUCGGCUCCUUCUUUUCAACGUGUGGUGCCGGCCUGCAGUCGCUGACCGGGGCACCUCGACUCCUGCAGGCCAUUGCCAAGGACAACAUCAUCCCCUUCCUCCGGGUGUUUGGUCACGGGAAGGCGAACGGGGAACCGACAUGGGCCCUGCUGCUGACGGUGCUGAUAGCCGAGCUGGGGAUUCUCAUCGCCUCUCUGGACUUGGUCGCGCCCAUUCUUACAAUGUUCUUCCUGAUGUGCUACCUGUUUGUGAACCUGGCCUGUGCUCUCCAGACCCUACUCAGGACGCCCAACUGGAGGCCACGCUUCUCCUACUACCACUGGAGCUUGUCAUUUCUGGGGAUGACCAUCUGUCUGGCUCUAAUGUUCAUAUCGUCUUGGUACUACGCGAUUGUUGCCAUGGUGAUUGCUGGCAUGAUCUACAAAUACAUUGAGUAUCACGGAGCGGAGAAGGAGUGGGGGGAUGGGAUCCGGGGCCUCUCACUCAGUGCCGCCCGUUAUGCCCUCUUGAGACUUGAGGAGGGACCACCGCACACCAAAAACUGGAGUCGCGUGUCUUCUCGCUCCUCCUUCCCCAGGCCCCAGCUGCUAGUGUUACUAAAACUGGACGAAGACGCCCACGUCAAGUCUCCGCGCUUGCUGACGUUCGCCAGCCAGCUGAAGGCAGGAAAGGGCCUGACCAUUGUUGGUACCGUAGUUCCUGGGAACUUUCUGCAGAGCUAUGGCGAGGCCCUCGCUGCUGAACAGACUCUAAAGCACCUGAUGGAGAAGGAGCGCGUCAAGGGCUUCUGUCAGUGCAUAAUGGCUCAGAAGCCCCGUGAUGGCAUCAGCCACAUGAUCCAGUCCAGCGGGCUCGGAGGAAUGACGCACAACACUGUGGUGAUGGGUUGGCCUCACGCCUGGAGGCAAAGUGAAGACCCACAGUCCUGGAAAACCUUCAUCAACACAGUCCGGGUGACCACAGCGGCCCACCUGGCCUUGUUGGUGCCCAAAAACAUCUCCCUGUUCCCCACCAACAGUGAGCCCUACACAGAGGGUUACAUUGAUGUCUGGUGGAUCGUGCACGACGGGGGGAUGCUGAUGCUGCUGCCUUUUCUCCUACGUCAACACAAAGUGUGGCGUAAGUGCGCGAUGCGAAUCUUCACAGUGGCCCAGAUGGAGGAUAAUUCAAUCCAGAUGAAAAAGGACCUGGCAACCUUUCUCUAUCACCUGCGCAUCGAGGCUGAGGUGGAAGUGGUUGAGAUGCAUGACAGUGAUAUCAGUGCGUACACCUACGAAAGGACGCUGAUGAUGGAGCAGAGGUCUCAGAUGCUCAGACAGAUGCGACUCUCUAAAUCAGAUCGAGAAAAAGAGAGGGUACGCUGGAGUUUUGACGAUGUCUAUCUCUCCCCCAGGGUCAGGAGUACUGGAGUCAACACGGCAAUUGUCAACAGAGGAGAGCGAUACAGACAGGCCCAGUUGGUGAAGGAUCGCAACUCCAUGCUGCGUCUGACGAGCAUCGGCUCGGACGAUGACGACGACACAGACGGAGGAGAGCGAGACAGAGCACCGAUCGGCGGGAGCUCCGAGCACCAUCGGCGUGUUCAGAUGACCUGGACCAAAGAAAAGUCGGCGCAGUACAGAUCCACGCACUCCGGCUGCUCCACACCCGAAGGCUUCAGAGACAUGCUGAGCAUCAGGCCGGACCACUCCAACGUCAGACGGAUGCACACCGCCGUCAAACUCAACGAAGUCAUCGUCAACAAAUCCCACGAUGCCCGGCUUGUCCUGCUCAACAUGCCAGGACCCCCCAGGAACGCCGAGGGAGAUGAGAACUAUAUGGAGUUCCUGGAGGUUCUGACUGAGGGACUGGAGCGCGUCCUGUUGGUCAGAGGGGGAGGAAGUGAAGUCAUUACCAUUUACUCCUGAUUGGAAAAACCCUGAAAGCCAGCGACUAACAAACAGCCAGUCGAGCGGGAUUGUGAUGGGAGAUGUUUGUCUCUCAGAGCUCUGGGAGACGGGGGUUUUCAGCUCCGGGAGCUCUGGCGGGGGGGUUGUGGGCUCACUGAGGGAGACUGUCACUGGCUGUAGCACCAGUCAUUACGUCCCUAACACCCCACUCAGCCCCUUUAAUCUUUCAUCAUCACUCUUUUCAUGUCACGAUAGUGAUUUCAAACUCCACAUAUGUCGAGCAGCAGUAAUGCCAACACAAUUUAGUGAUCCAGCAAAGAAAGAAAAUACAGCAAUCAGCUAUUUUUGUGUGUUCAUGUUUGUUUGAGAGCCAUCUGAAGGAUACUUGAUUUGUUAAAGGGACCAGAGGUGUGCGAGGAGCAUGUGCAUUAAAGCGGUGGACCACUGAACGAGGAAAAAAUAUAUGAAGCUUUCCAGAACUGAGCAGUCGAUCCACUGACAAGACUCAGGGUUUGUUUUUUUGUACAGAAUGUAUUUUGGAAACGGAUGUGAGCUUCGUGAAUGAGGUCCGAAUGUCUGAAUUUCUUUCUUUUUUUUUUUAUCCUUAACAGGCACAUAAAAAUGUAUGCCAGAAAAUCAUAAAGACUGGCAGAAAUAAGCUGUCGAAUUCAAAUCUACUUCUAUACAAAGCUUGUCAACGUCAGUCUUUUUUAAAAAGAACUGCAAGAAUACCGUGUUUUUUUUUUCAUAUCACAGGUGUGCAGGGUUUUUGUCCUUUGACCGAGAAUAUCAACACCAACUUUAAUAUUUGUUUUGUUCACACUGAAAUUCAAGAGGGAGUGAUUUAGAGAUCUGAAUUUGCUGCUAUUUCUUAGAAUCCAAUGCUGUAAAUGGAAGCCCAGUUGAUUGAUGAGUUUAGAAAUUAUUUUAAGUUUUUACCUAAUUUAUCAUUUCCUGUGACGGAAUUGUUUUAAUAACUCAAAGUAUGGGAACAUGCUCAACUUUAAAAAGGAGAAAAGCUAAACUGGGGGAAAAGAGAUAUUAUAGACGGUAGAAAUGAAAUUUGAGAGCUCUUAAGCUUGAUGUUUUGGGUUUUUUCCCAGCAGAAAUGGACUCCAUUACUCAUCUUACACUCCAAUUAUUUAAAAAACCACUUGCAAAGUGCCAUGAACCUAUCUGUAAAACAUUCAGAAGCCAGCGGUCUGCUCUGAUGUUGUAUUUUUCAGCUGAGGGAAACAAGCGAAAUCAAGACAAAAGCUGUCUUUUCUGCAUGACGGUUCUGGAUUAGUUGAUGACAACCACAUGUUCUGGAAAACCAAAACGACACCUCUGCAGAGUAACCAGAGGUGUCCUCUGUAGGCCUGUAAGCUGCCUCCCCGUGUUGGUCUGCAUGCGAAUAGUUAACAAGUCACUUCAGAGUAAAAUACAUGUACAAAGUUGAGGUCAGACCUCUUGUUUGUAGGUGGGACAACCUCACAAUGGAAAGAACUUGGGAGUUGUGCUGCUGACAGGUGGGAGCGUUGUGGAGUGGCCCACUGCACUGCAUGUGUGUGCAAUGUUUGUGUGACUGUUUUGUGUUCAUUUCACAUUCCUGAUCCAGAGAACAUUGGCUUGUUUCCUGAAACUUUGCAUCACUAAACACACCUGAAAUAAACCUGCUGACAUCCUGCUUUGUUUGUGCGUGCGUGCGUGCACAUUCGUUCGCGUGUGAAUGAACUUUCAUUACAUUGUUGCUAAAGUAAGGAUCUCAAAAUUAGAGGCAUUUAACUCCAAUCUUGAACCAUGUUCUUGUUUUACAGUGUUGUGCAGGGUUUAUUUUAUGUUAAUUGUUACCUCUUAAACAUUUUUUCUUGUUUGUACAUACAUGAGGUCGAAGAAGUUCCUGAGUUUUAUCUUUUUUUAAUUAUUAAUAUAAAAAUUGAUCACAAAAAAUUUGCUUGAAAAAAUG